UCACCGUGUCAGAUGAGUGGUGAAAGCGGUUGUGGAGAAUAGAGAACGACAUGCUGUGUUCUUAUUAGAUUUCUCAUUCGCUUAGAACAGUAGGGUAGGACAUAGCUUUCAUCAUGUCAAGAAGCUUCAAUCCCUUUGAUGAAGAUGAGGAUACUGACUUCAAGCCAGUGAAGUGGAACAAUGCAGUGGACACAGAAGAAAGUGAAACAGAUGGUGUGUAUGACAAACAAAGAGCUUUAAAACAAGAAGUGAUGAGAAGAACACAGGCUACCGUAGAAAGUAGUAAUAGAUCGGUGUCCCUCCUCCAUGAAUCUGAGCAGAUUGGAUUGGAAACUGCAGAGGAGCUGGUUCGACAGGGAGAAGUUUUGAAGCGCUCAGAAAAGAUGGUUGAUAAAAUGGAGCAAGACAUGAAGACCAGCCAGAGGCAUAUUAAUAGCAUAAAGAGCAUGUUCAGUGGCUUUACAAACUACUUUAGAGCCAAACCUGUGGAGACUCCACCCCAGAAUGAAUCUUAUGAUUAUAAAGCCAGCAACAAACUGAAAGAAGCUAUGGAUAACAGCAAGGAACAGGAAGAUACAUUUCAAUCUACUCACCCUCUUCGGCUUAGGAAAGAAGCAAACGACAUUAACACUAACGCAAGUGCAUCUGGCUCUGGAUAUCAGCCUAAGAACAAGGUUCUCCAGGACUACCAUCAGAAAAUCGACAAUAAUUUAGAUGAUAUGUCCCUAGGCUUGGGUCGCCUUAAGAAUCUUGCGCUUGGGCUACAGACUGAAAUUGAUGAGCAGGAUGAUGUGAUAGGACGUCUAACUGGGAAGGUGGAUAAUCUGGACUUAAACAUAAAGACUACAGAUGAGAAGAUAAAGAGAGAAUUGUGAAGGAUUGUUGGGAGGUUCCUGAGCAGCUAAAUCCAUGCACUUCGACUCCAGUUUUAAUUUCUUUCCAAUUUUUUAUUUUUAUUUUUACACCGUCCACUUGAUGCAGUUUUUAUACCUCAAAAUCAAACACUCAUAACCAGAAAACAAUGUUGCUAUUACCAAUCCAUUAUGAUAGUCAGGUUGCAUUAUAUCAUACGAUAGUAUUAGAGAAUCACUUAAAGGAACACUAUAGUCACCUAAAUUACUUUAGCUAAAUAAAGCAGUUUUAGUGUAUAGAUCAUUCCCCUGCAAUUUCACUGCUCAAUUAACUGUCAUUUAGGAGUUAAAUCACUUUGUUUCUGUUUAUGCAGCC